GUCUAAAUAUUUCAGUGGUUGUGUCAGUUGUCAAUUGUCAUUCUGGGAAGACUGACUGUGAUUUUUCAAUGCAGAUUGCAGUCCUGCUAGAUACAAGAUACCAGGAUUAUAAAUUAGAGAGGAAUUAAUAAUCAUUUGAAAGUUAUUGUCUGUCGUAGGAGUCGCUUCUAAAAUGUCCUUAUUCAGGUCGAUGGGCAGGAGGCACUUAGAACUUCUCUCGCAUUGGAUUGGUUCAGCAACAGUUUUUGGGGCGACUGCGGGAGUUACCCUCUGUUAUUUUACUGACUGGAGAGUGGUAGUCGACUAUUUGCCUUAUUACAAUGGAAAAUUCAAACAGGAUGAGCCUGAAGAGUAGGACUCAAUUUUUUAUGUGGUGUAAUUUGUAAGGAUAGAAAUAUAUGCUAGAAGUUAUAAGGUACUCUCAUAUUUAUUUAUUUAUUUGAUUAACUAAGACAGAUUGAGACAGCAUUUUGUGUUACCAAGUGGUAAUAUUCAAUUUAAGUAAUUGGCUCUAGUUUGAAUGAGUCUAAAUAUUCAAUUGAAACAUUUUCCUAAAACACUUCAGCAAAGGCCUCUGUAAUGCCCAUAGAAAACAAUAUACACUAGUGGUAAGGCCCAACAUAAACAAAUACCUGUUAUUAUCAGAAGCCCUACCAAACCACUUUGAAUAAACACUUAGAAUAACAGCUAGGCCUCCAAAAAUGAAGGCUACACUGCCACUAGCUUGAUGAAUCAACUUGAUAGUACUAGGCUUUAUGAAACUUUUCAGUUCAGCAUCAAAAAGGGCUGCAGUACCAUUCAUCACAGCUGGCAGGCAGCCUAUAAUUCCCAGCAGGCCAAAGAGCCCAUGCCAGGUCUUGAAAUGCUGUUUGUUCAGGUUAUUUUUGUUGAUGACUAUCACCAGAAACCCUGCAAGGAUGAGGGCGAGGGCGAUAGCUAUGAUGAUCCAAUGGUAGCGCAGUUUCAAUGUGUGGUUCAGACGAAGUCUUCUGCCUAUUGGGUUUUCCUUGGAGAUGAUCAGGACACCUUCAGUCAUGAGAAGCAUCCACUGAAAACAAAACCAACACCUGAUAUUGACAGUUCUUUAAAAUCUAAUAUUUUGAGGUUAGAAUCAACAGGUGGCUGGUGUUAUGUCAACAAGUGCUUUUUAUCAGAAAUCGUGCAAAUUAUGACGUGACCUUGAAUGUAUUCAACCUGAACACUGGAUGAAUUAUUUAUUUCAUUGUAAAUGAACCAUUCACUUACCCCUAAAGACAGCAAUAAAGGGUGCCAAGUGAAGAAUUCGAAUGGCCUGCAGAAACACAAAUACAAAAUUAGUACUACAAACAACAAAACACUGACGUGCGCUAUAGUUGUCAGAUCGUCUUUCAAUCCAGGUGGCGGUGGUGGUGGCGGACGCCUUUUUUUCGUCUGUUGGACUUCUGUGAUGGUUGUUUUGUUAGUACUGUUAGUACCAAUUUCCAGUUCGGGAUUUCCUGGACCUAUCACUUGUUCCGCGUCCAUGGAUUAUAGUUCCUUAUGUCACAAAUCACAAUAAAUGGGAACAACUAAUUAUCAGCAGUGAUAUUCAGAUUAGAUUGUGAUGAAUUGAAAUACUCUCACUUGUGCUCUCAUUAUUUAUUGUUGCGCUUAGUAGAACACCAUCAAGGAUUUGCUUAUUUGUUGUGCAGCGGCGGAGGCAAAUAUCAAUUUAUGUGAUAUAACCUACCAUAAAAAAUGUUAUCUAAAACUCUUCUGGAGAAGGGUUUUCCCACUACAGGAUUUUCCCAUGUAUAUAGAUGAUGUGGGAGAUACAGAUACAUUACUACAAACUAGUACAAACCUCUGGGGGUUCAUGCGUAUUGAGCAGAGUAUGCCGGACUCCGGAUAGCCCAGCGAAGAGGGAUAGCCCACGAAGCAAAGUACUCCUCGAAUUCAGAGAAGUGCCUAAAUCUUUCGAACCACUCCCAUCACGUGUUAUGUCAAAGAAUAGUAGGUGUUUUUUUCGUAUUCUUCGCAAUGAAAUUGUGGAGGCUGUUCGGUCAGGGAGUUUUAUUCUGGUCCACUGCUCACUGUGUGUGAUAUUUGUGUAGUGAUUUAGGCUUUCAAGGGUGUGUUUCCUUCCUCUCGAUACCCCGUGGGUUUCGUUCAAGCGAAUGCAUAUGGCGAAUGCGUACAGAUUUAGGAAUGGUGCGAAAACUUUAGGCUCUCGUGAAUUCAGAGAUCAACCCAUAGAGAUCAUGAAAUAUUAUCAACUUGACGUUGACACUUUGGCAACGUCACUGUCAACUGUCAUUUAGUGUCAAGUCAAAGUCAAUAAUUCAUUCAAAUUCGAAGCUAAAUUAGUAAAAGCACUGGGAAGCCGCAUAGAGAAACAAAUCAUUAAUUUAUAAGUUAUAAAUCUAAAGAAGCACAGCACAAGCACAUCACCUUCAAUCCACUUUUUGGAACUUAUUCCAUUGAAAGCAUGGCUGAGCAAAUCGUUGAGGAAUGGGAGGAACUAAAUGCCGAUUACAAACAAUUAGAGGUGGACAACAAAGCAUAUUUGCAACGUUUAGAAGAAGUAAACAAUAUCCAGAAAAUAUGCUUGAAUCAUAUUGCUCAUCAAAGGUAUCGAAUAGCCAGCAUAUCAAAAUCACUGAAAGAUUUAAGGAAAAAAAAGGUAGAUGACAAAAAACUAGAAGAUGUGAGAAGUAACAUAAUGAAAAGAAAAGCUCAAUUGUAUGAAAUUGAACAAACCUUACCAAAACCUAAUGGUACUUAUUUGAAAAUAAUUUUAGGAAAUGUCAAUGUCUCAAUACUCAACAAGGAAGGGAAGUUCAAGUAUAAAGAUGAAUAUGAAAAAUUCAAACUGAUUCUCAGCAUGAUAGGUAUCCUCAUGGCCAUACUCAAUUUUUUCGUGAGAUUCAGGCCCUUGGAACUGAGUUACAUUUUUUUGUUGGUCUGGUAUUACUGCACUCUGACCAUCAGAGAGAGCAUUUUGAAGGUUAAUGGUUCCAGAAUCAGGGGAUGGUGGCGGUUACAUCAUUUCUUGUCCACUGUUGCUGCUGGGAUACUGUUGAUUUGGCCUGACAAUGACAGUUGGUCAUACUUCAGAAAUCAGUUCAUGCUGUUCAAUAUCUAUAUCAAUAACGUUAUGUACCCCAAAUCCAACAUCCCACCACUACACACGAUGCCCACCCUCCUCCUCCUUCUCCUCCUACCCUCUCUCUGCCAACUCGCCUCCACCGAUAACGACCCCUCUUCCACCUCGCCGCCGCCCCCUCCAGCCCCCCAACCCGUCUUCCAGCCUCCCGAACAACCCCCCGCGGCGCCUUUCCCUCUGCGCCGCCCCCCCUCUUACCCCUACGUAGACGGGUACGGGUACGACGUCUACUACCCCCACCAGAAACCGGUAGCGGUACCGGUGUACCAAGAAACGCCGUCUGGGGGGUAUAUGUCUUCGCUGAUACCGGCCACACAGAGUGCCCUGCAAUUCACCCUCAGAGCCCUAGCCAAAUUCGGGCUUUUCCUUGUAGGCGGCGCCGCCUUGUUGCUCGUCGGCGGCAUUUUCACCACCGCCCUGUGCUCGCUCACCCCCAUUUGCGUCAUCUCCUUUCCGGGACUCACCGGAAUCGACAAGGAGUCCGUGAGGUCAAUGAUGACUCCGGACAGGAUUUCUGCUGCCGCUGCGAUGGUUCAAGACGCCAUCGGGAAGUACCAGAGGCUGCAGCGGGCGGUAGGCAAGCGAUAGGGUUCGGGUCUGGAACGUACGGUGGCUGUGUGUUGGUGUAUUCGCGAAAAAAGUGUUUUGAGCUCGCUGGUUAGAUAGUACUCGAUGAGAUAAGAAGAAUUUAUGCUAUAAACUUUGACUCGAAACGGCUUAGUUUCCGAGAUACAGGACUUUUUAGUAAAUAGUUACCUAUUUGAUUAUUUUGAAAGAAAAACGGCUGUUUUUAUCGAUAUUAUAGGAAAAUUGAUUUUAUGGGGAAAAGUCCAAUUUCUCAUUAUAUUCUGUACGAAAUUAA